GGGGGUGCUGUGAUUCAAAGCCCGGGGCGCUGUGGCAUUUUGAAGGUCCCUCCAGGGGCGACCUCCCGCGAGAUGGAACCCCAUGAUGCGCAUGCCGGGCAGUUUGCUCGGCCGUUGGUUGAGGAGGGGGACGCAGAUCAAGCAGAAGCGAACGGGGGAGCGGAGGAGAAGGCGGAUGGUUCGGCAUGCGGCCAGUUCACAAAGGAGGCACCGGGACCGCAUCCCCCUUGCGACCUGCCGUGGCGUACAGCCGCGCCCGAUGUGCCGCACGGACCACAAUGCAGUGACGAUCAAGAUUUGGUGAUUGGUGACGAGAAUGGACAGGCCAGUUGCGGGCCCAACGCCAUUGAGGAGCUGCCGAAGUUGAAUGGCAAGCCUGUGAACAAAUGUGUGCAAUGCGGAGCCACAGAUACGCCACAAUGGAGGAACGGGCCAUCGGGUCCCCGGUCGUUGUGCAAUGCUUGUGGGAUAAGGAUGCACAGGCGGAGCAUGAGGGAAGGCGGAGGGAAGCCGCUACGGAAGGGCGCCAUAAAGAAACGCAAGAACGCUGACCCCCGCCCGUUCUUCCUCUUCCCCCAAGGCCAUCUGGGAGCACCCAAGGUGCAGACGACUGUCCCCGCAGUCGCUCACACACAGCUGGCUCUUUCCCGGCCCCCCCUGUCACCACCCAACUUUUCGGUACAAGGUCCUGGAUGCGAUCCCUACAUUCCUGUGAAGGACGUUCAUGUGGCCAACGGGAGUGUGCAAGUGGCGCCGAAAUCGGAUGUUGCCAAAAGGGAGUGCGGCGAUGUUAUGCCGAUGGUUGGCACGGAGGCCCUUGGUGGCGAGACCCAGGCACGGCCCUUUGUUGCAGCCCCUCCAACACCGCUCCCUUCCAGAGAGGCUGAGCGCCGUCCCAAGCGGCAGGCGGCCCUUGCGUCCAGGGAGACCACCAAGAGGGUGGCCUCCGCGAUGAGGAGGCACCCGCGGCAGCAACAACCUCCAAAGUCCCCGGAGCCCAACGAGCGGGAUGCCCACGACGACGACAGCGCCCGCGCUUCCCCCUCACCCGCGGCCAUCCGACCCGACGCCUCGCCCGCGCCGCACCGCCGCACCGCUACCCCCACCCCAUCAGCAUGCACGCAAGUCAACGAAAAAGUCAACGCCAAAGUCAACGAAAAGGUCGACGAAAAAGUCAAGGACCCGCUAGCCGGGUUCAGGCGAAUGGCCGAGGUGACCGAGGUGGACGCGGCGAUCCAGCUGAUGGCGCUGUGCCGGGCGCCACCAGAUGGUCCCCAGGGACCGCCGGGCGGGCCCAUGGGACCGACGCCGGAUUGCGGCGCCGGAUCGCACGGAUCGGCAGGAUCUGGGGAUGGCCCCUUUUUCGAUUUCCAAAAAGGUAUCGAUGGGGAGGUGGGCGGCGGGUUGGGCGAGGUGGAGUGCAUGUACACAGAGGUGGUGAGGGCGGAGUGGGAGUGGCAGGCCGCAGAGAAGGCCGUGCAGGCGGUGGCCAAGUCCCUGGCGUCCUUAACCGCGGAGGCCGCCCAGGCCAGGAAGCGCUACCGUGACCUGUCGGGGAUGCUCCAGAGGCGCUCUCGAAACAAGCAGCUCAGGGCUCCCCAGUGGGCGGGGGCCCCCGGGCCCAAGUCCGGCCUGGGACCUGCCACUGAGACGGGUGAAGGCAACAAAUCCAAGCCACAUGAGUUUGCUCGUCGCUGCGGCGCCAACAGAGGAAGUUGA